AUGGCGCUCGUGCGCGUCCGACCACCUUCCUGGCGAGAACGCGCCUGGGGGAGGGGGGGACGGCGGCGGAGGAGGAGGGGACGGCGGCGGAGGAGGAGGGGACGGCGGCGGAGGAGGAGGGGACGGCGGCGGAGGAGGAGGGGACGGCGGCGGAGGAGGAGGGGACGGCGGCGGAGGAGAGGGGGGCGGAGGAGUGGGGGCGGCGGAGGAGUGGGGGCGGCGGAGGAGGGGGCGGCGGAGGAGAAGGGGAGCGGAGGGGCGGCGGCGGAGGAGUGGGGCGGCGGAGGAGGAGGGGAGCGGAGGGGGGCGGCGGAGGAGGAGGGGGGCGGCGGAGGAGGAGGGCGGCGGAGGAGGAGUGGGGCGGAGGGGGGGCGGCGGAGGAGGGGCGGGGCGGCGGAGGAGGAGGGGGGGACGGAGGGGGACGGCGGAGGAGGGGCGGGCGGCGGAGGAGGAGGGGGACGGCGGAGGAGGAGGGGACGGCGGAGGAGUGGGGACGGCGAGGAGGAGGGGGACGGCGGAGGAGGGGGACGGAGGAGGAGUGGGGGCGGAGGGGGGGCGGCGGCGGAGGAGGAGUGGGGGCGGAGGGGGGCGGCGGCGGAGGAGGAGGGGGGCGGAGGGGGGGCGGCGGAGGAGGAGGGGGGCGGAGGGGGGGCGGCGGAGGAGGAGGGGGGCCGGAGGAGGAGGGGGGCGGAGGGGGGGCGGAGGAGGGGCGGGGCGGCGGAGGAGGAGGGGGGGACGGCGGAGGAGGGGCGGAAGGGAAGGGGGCGUGAGGAUGGCGGGCACGCUGAGGCUCCUCGUGAAGGCCUCGCAAUGCCCCUGGCCCAGUUCCUUGCACGAGUGCUAGCCAAAUGCCCCAAGACAUUCUGA